AUGGCGACUGGCUAUUCCGUUCCACAAGAGGCGUCCAAGGUCUUCCAUGAGAGAAUCUUGCGAAGCCCCCGGGUGAAGCAGCAUUUGCUCGAUGACCUCGAGAAAUAUGCAAAUAUCUCAUUCGAGGGUUCACCGGACCCUAUUCUGCCCGUUAACUGGCGCUUCGGUGAGAGCAUAUCUUCGCUCAAGGCUCUGGAGGCUACAUACAUCAAUGCCAUCUUAGACAAGCUCUAUGGGGUUCCUGUGCAAAAGGCAUCCAUUAGCACGAACCAUGGGAUUCUGUUCAUCAUGUCAGUUUUGCUCUGGUCUCUUGACCCAGAGGGCAGAAAUGUCUCUUUUGCGGAAAUCCGCAGUGACGAAAAGGCCAAAGAUUUUUACUUUAGUUGUUUCAAGGACUAUGAUAACCACAAGUCCUUGGAAGGCCCAUACCGAUGUGGUACAUCCAACAUCUAUCAGACGAGAGAUGACCGCUUCUUCCAUCUUCACGGAUCUCUCAACCCAGAUGUGAUUUUUCGGAUGUUGAAGCUCCCCCUGGAUCCACCGGGAGGUGAGGACACUUGGGAGCGAGUUCUCCCAGUGUUUAGAGCGGCACUUGCGCAAUGGGAUAGCGACGCUAUUGACAAGCUGUCCAACAAUGUCGUGAAGACCUCCGGGUCUAUUUGUUACGAUGUUGAUGGAUACCGCAAGACUGACCAGGGAGAGGCAAACCGCCAUGUUGGCUUGUGGGAAACUUUCCGUAUAGGAAAUGAUAAACAGGCUCCUUCCUGGUGGACAGACGCGGCUGGUAACAAACCCCGAGAUCCUUCAAAGCCUCUUGCCGGUCUUAAGGUCCUCGAUGCAACUCGUAUCAUUGCCGGACCGACUGUGACCCGCGGCCUGGCGGAGCUCGGUGCUACAGUUUUGCGUAUUACCUCCCCUAACAUUCCUGAUGGAACAAUCUAUCACCCAGAAUUUAACUGGGGAAAACGAAAUGCCGCAUUGGACUUUCACAAGGCUGAAGAUAGAGAAAUCAUGAAGAAUCUCAUCCUAGAGUGCGAUGUCUUUGUCUCUAGUUACCGCCCAGAGGUAAUGGAAAAAUGGGGAUUUGGAGUCGAUCAAGUCAUGGAGUUGUGCAAGGAUCGACCCAAAGGUAUCAUUGUCGCCCGCCUCAACUGUUUCGGUUGGCACGGGCCUCUGCAAUGGCGAAGUGGGUGGCAGCAGAUAUCUGAUGCACAUACUGGGGUGUCCUACGGAUUUGGUCGUGCCAUGGGCAACGACGAGCCAGUCACGCCAAUCUUCCCAAACAGUGAUUUCUGUACCGGAGUUUCUGGAAUAUGCAGUGUCUUGGACGCCUUGGUUCGCAGAGCUGAGAAUGGCGGAUCCUACAAAAUUAAUUUGGCACUCGAUUACUACAACAAUUGGUUGACAUCUAAUGUCGGCACGUAUCCGGACAAUGUAUGGAAGAAACUGCACGCCCACUACGGCUCUCCAGUGUUCCGCCAUGACGAUCAUAUGUUGGCUCUCAUUGGAAAAGUUACGGCCCUGCUGAAGCAGCAUAGUCCAAAUCUUUUCGACCCUCAGUUCUUCGAGAUUCGAUCCUGUGAAAAUCUGGGCAUUAACAUGCGAACUGUGAAGCCUGUAAUCAAAUUUGACGAUAUCGUAAAACCUGGCUUUAGUCUUGGAACUAGAGGAAACGGUGUGGACGAAGCUCGUUGGCCUGAAGAAAGCUGA